ACUGGCAAAAGUUUCUGGAGUCUGAACAGUGUCACUAAUCCAGUUUCAUCAACCAACCCCCAAAUUUGGAAUGGGAAAUAAUUUCUUCUUCCUCUCUAUUCCGGAUUAUAAUUUCAAAGCUACGGUUCUGGGUCAUCAACGGAGAUGAAACGAGAGAUCCUGAUGUUUAUGACAGAGUCAUUUCUUUACUAAACUAAAAAGAUGAUGGUUUUUUGUGGUUGAAAGAAAUCACAGUGUCGACUCUUUUGUGAAUGAGCACUGGUCCUCUGCCUUCCCAGAUUUCACACAACGAGAGACUUGAAAAGCGGCGCGGGAGGUUACAGCUUACAGUUUUACCUUUCCAUCCCCGAGUCCCGGACGACGGUUUCCCAUCUCUCCGCCGACGUUAGGAUCUGCAAUGGAAGCAGAAAUUGUAGAAGCUGAUAUUCUGCUCCCUUCUCUUCUCCCUUUUAAGAGGACCCAAAUGUCAGAGAAGUACCCAAAAGGGCAUGCGAGGGGCAGGCACUGGAAGCAUCUGAAGCAGAUUCUUCAAGCCGAGAAUUAUCAAAAUUUUCCUGCCGACGAACCGAAUUAUAUAAAUAUUGAAUCUCCUCCUUCUAUGUACCCUGCUAAGAAGCUUUGUGAUAUUACAGGGUUUGAGGCUCGAUACACAGAUCCAAGGACAAAUCUGCGAUAUGCAAACAUUGAAGUUUUCAAGCGCAUUAGGUCACUACCUAAUGAGUAUGUGCAGAGAUACCUAGCUCUAAGGAAUGCUGCAGUGGUUCUGAAAUAGUAUCUUUAUGGUUUACUUGGUGGGUGACUGAUAGGGAAGUCAUUUAGCACGAAUAUUAGGAGUUCAAAGGCCAUGCAGUCUGUGUCCAUCACAAUGCGCGGGGGAGUUCAACUGCCAUUAAAUGUUCCUUCCGUGCUCACCACAAUUUUUAGGCUUUACGAUGUUAGACUUUUUAUUUUUCUGCUCGAAGAAUCAUAAACAUGUCUUCACGCUGUAUGUACGCCAUGUCGUCAUGGAUAUGUCAUCCCAGUUGAAUAUGGCAACAUUGAACAUUUAUUUUUUGUGAAUAGUGGAACGCGACUUCUGCA